GCAGUGCGAUUUUAGUGAGUAAAGUUGGAGUUUGGAUUUGGAGUCGGUCGGUCCGCUGACGGGCUGAUAUCGGCUCCCGUUUUAACUUUGGUUCCGUUUUGCACAACACCGAGAUCGAAAUUUGAAGUUUGCAAAGUCGAAUUUGCGGCCCGUUUUCGGCGCUUUUGGCCGAUCCAGAAGAGAUGUAAUAAAUAAACAAAAAUCGAUCAUUCACCAUGAUGGCAGCGCCUUUAGCUGGCAAAGCAGAGGCCGCGAAGGUGCCACUUCCCAAACCCCCAGUUCCAGCAGGCACAAGUGCUGGAACUGCUGGGGCAGGACACGCCAAAAAAUGGCAGAUGGAAAUGCUGAUGGAAAAACUUCGGUCAAAAACCAGCCAGUAUAAAUCGUUCACCGACAGCGCCAAGUCGCUCAAGCUGUGCCUCCUCGACAAGCGCUAUCCGAUGGAUCUUAUGGAGAGGCAGCAGCUCCAAAAGUGCCUGGACACCUUACAGCACUCGUUUAAGGUCACCUCAUUGCAGUCGAUGGUCGAAAGAUUGGGCAGUGUUACCAGACAACUUGAGCUUAAAUUCAUGGCUGGCCUUUCUGGGACUGACUGGUUUAUUUCGUCCGACAUGUUCUACUUGGAGGUAGUUUUGGAGCAGAGUGGUUGUGUGAAGGAUGUCAAAAUUCAUCAUGAAGGAAAAGUUGAACAGCAGAGUUGUGAAGAGUUGGUCAAUUGUCUGGCAAGAGGAGAUUUUGCCGACUUUGCCAAACAGCUGGAGAACUUGGCUGCCAUUUACCAAAUCAACGCAGACAAAAAGCAGAAGGGUAAGGUUUUCCAGGCUCUGCAAAGCCUUGAAACCGACUUAAUGAAUUUGGCCGAAAUCCAGUCAUUCAUUAAAGAGCCUCACAACUUAAUACACAAGUCGCCAGUUGGUAUUCUUGAGAAUAGGAAAGGAGGUCAUCCUAUGAGACUGACAUUCUUUGUUUCGCCGUAUGACUUAUUAGAUGAAAAGUUGAAAACGUCUAUUCCGAUGACUGUGGAGAACGUUAUUUCGAAAAGGCUAGGACUGAGUGUUGAAGUUUGUAAUGAAGCCAGCGCUCAAUUUAUUCACUACAAGUUGCCGACUAACCCACUCAUCACAAUCACAGCUUCGUCAAGUGGAAAGAGAUCUCCUGUGUAUGCAAGCCUGGGACCUCAGAACUCGGCCUCUUUGCCUGCCACAUUCGUACUUCGGCUAUGCAAGCCUAUCGCUAUGUGCACAAGUUUAGUUAAAGGCUUGCAACAAAUCACAGAGGUUGAAACUGGCGAUGUAAAUACUCAGCAUCCGAUGCUCUCUCUGAUCACCAAGAACUGCUCGUCUGGAGCCUUAGACAGUGCCAACAACAAAGGCCUCUUUGUCACUCUGCCCGACCAGCAGCACUGCUAUUUUUUGACAGAAAGCAAAGGAAUAAAUGCGAUAAUGAUGCAAAAUAUCCCUUUCACGCACCCAACUCAUGUGCCACAAAUUUUGUCUUUGUUGAGACAACAGGCUCUUUUCAACACCUUAGUGGAAAGCUGUGUUCGACCAACAAGCAAGCAAGAGUUCAACGAUUUGAUAAUUUUCGAAGUGUCUGCACUCUCAAACCAACAGUUGUCUGUCUCAUUUGAGCAUCCUUUCGAGGAGGCAAUGGCCACUGUAGAAUUGGACCUCAGCGACAUUUGCAACGUUCGUUGUCGGUUGUAUGGACCAAUCACAGACGACCAAGGCAUGGCAGACUACGCCAGCAAAGUUGUGCAAAGGAGCCUUUCCAUUCCAAUAACCAUGCGAGCGCUCAUUCAGAAGUGGCAGCACCAAGCUGUUGAGCCGACAAACUCAAAUUUUGGCCUCAGCCUGGGAAAUUUUAACACGGACUCCAUGCAGAGCAAGCUCUUGCCUGACUUUGAAUGCAAGCCUGUCCCACGGCCAUCAGAGUCGUCAGGUGGUGGAAGCCACAGCCACAUGAUGGGACACUUAGGCUAUCAAGCUUCUCUCAACACGUCGCCUGAGCAAUUUUUUCCAUCCCAGAUCACAGUAGAGCCAAUAGUCGGUCAGCCAAAAACGUCUCCGCUCCUUCUGAACAUGAUGGGCGACCAAAAAGCAAAGAAACGCCGCAGGUCGAAGGUUGGUGAUGCAGGAUGGACAGGCAGGAGUCCCAAAAGAAAGUUGAGUACUGAAGAAGACGCGAGUCAGGACACUCAGGGUAGCUACGACUCUAUGGGAGUCGCUCCUGCUGAGGCCAUGGAUUUCUUGGAAGAUGCUCUCGUAGACUCUAAUGUCGAGUCCUUUGUGUUUGAGGACGAGUCGCAGGCGUCGGACAGCAAUGAUGAGUUGCGACGCAAACUGAAACGGGCGCGUUUGGAGAGUAGAAAAAAUUCAGCAUCCUCGACCGAUUCAAAAAACUCGUCAGAUAACCACCAGGCUUUUGAAAUUACUUUGGAGGGAAAAUCGAGCCUGGUGGGACCCUCCGUUAGCAUCACUCCGAUUUCAACCCCCACCGAACCACCGAUUUCGUCUGUUCUGGGAAACGUGGGGCUUGACAAGCGCUCUGGGAUUGAAAUUAUUCCACUGAGCUCAGGAACACCUUCGCUCCCAAGCUCCAUCACAAUUACACCUAUCAAGACGGAAGAGCGGAGUAAAGAUCGGAGCAGGGAUGAAAAGUCGUCAAAAAAUAGAGACAAGCGACCCGACGAAAAGAGGUCUGAAAAGAAGAAAAAACGUCACAGGGACGAAGAAGGCAGUUUUGAAGCGGGAAAGUUGAUGGGACCGCCGCAGGCUCCAAGCAAAGACAAAUCCAAAUCGGAGAGCAAAUCUCCAAAGCCUCUGACUUCUCCUUCCACUUCUCCUCCUCUGCAACGCAAGUAUCCGAAUUCUCCAACUUCUCAUUUAUCACCAGGAGCAAACAACCCUCAGAUAUCACUUGUCAAAACUCCAACAAGUCCGACGCAGAAGAGCAAAUCGCACAGCAGCAGCCCUAAGCAUUCGGGCACUGGCUCAAGCUCUUCAUCGCCUAUCUAUGGCAGUCCCAAACAUUCUGCCGUCAGCCCGAAGCAUUCGACUCCAUCACCAAAGUCAAGCUCAGGCAAACCAAGCAUGUCUGCUUUGAAAGGCACUCUUUCAAAAUCCAACAGCAGUGGCAGCAGCAGCAGCAGCGACCCAAACAGGGUCAAGAAGGACAAAGACAAAAAGUCUUCCUCGUUGAGCAACAGCUCAUCGAGUCCGAAGUCCAAGUCUUUGUCGUCAUCCUCGUCUUUGUCUUCCAAGGUGAAGCAGGAUUUUGGGUUGAGCGGAGGGGAUUCGCCCCUGCCAGCGGGGCAACCACCGAUGACACCUGCUCAGAAGGUGGUGGCCUCUCUCCUGGAUUUGGAGCCGGCAGUGGUGAUGUCCACUCACAAGCAAGGGACGCUGGCGUCCGACUACACGGCGGGGUCGCCACCACUGCAGUCGGCGCCUGGAGCAGCCAGCCUCCCAGCCACCUCCGCGCAGGACCCACAAUGCUCCACCAAGUGUCCUCUGCAGGGACGCAGCCGCAAGGGCUCGCUCUCGGCUGUGAUCGACAAAUUGAAGUCGGCCCAAACGUCGCCGCCGCCGGACGCCGAGAGGAGGGAUUCUGACAAGCCCAAGAGCUCGUCCUCCCAAAAGUCCUCAACUGACAACAAGAACGGCUUGAAAAAUUCCGAAUACAUGGUCAAGUCGAGCUCUGAGGGCAUCAAGAUCACAAUCAAUAAAACUAAAAAGGACUCGAAAUCGUCAUCCAAGUCUUCUUCGCUGCCCUCUUCUCCCAAGCACACUGGGCUAAAGCCGGGGGUCAUCAGUGGUCCUGCGUCAAAAAAGCCUCUUCACAAAUCAAAUUCUUCUUCCUCUUCGUCCUCAAAUAGAACAUCAAGCCCGUCAAGCAAGUCCAAAGGUAGCCUGAGUCCAAGCACUUCGAAGUCCUCCUUGUCCAAGCAGAGCUCCACCAACUCGCCAAAGUCUUCGAGCAGCAGCAGCAGCUCUUCAGACAAGCAAAGGACUAAGGACAAAAUAAAAGAUCGUCACUCAAGUCCUUCUACCCACCGGGAAGAUGCAGACAGCGAACGAGCAUUUAAAAUUUUGGCUGCUCAGGCAAAACUUGAAAUCGAAAUGCCUAAAUUGGACACUAAAUUCCAAAUCCCAAAGCUAUCGCGCUCAGAGAGUAAGGAGGACAAAAAAUCUACUGAGAAAGAAAAACUUUUAGAACCCAAAGUGGAGCUGAAAAAGCUGGAGGAUCGAGAAAAGCCUCGCAGCUUUUCUCCGCUGCCUUUGAACAACUUGAAGAUGGUGCCUGUUGUCGCUCUGCCCAUGCUACCUUGCACUGAUGUGCCAGUCAAGGUGGUGCCUGAGAAGGAGCCUGAAAAGCAAGUAGAAGCUGAGAUUCCCGACCUGGGGCACCUGAGCCCCCCGAAACUACCAAUUGAAACGCCUAGAGAUUGCGAUUCAGACGACAGCUCUCCUGGUCUUCUGAUUGACUUCUCAGUGGACAAAAAAGGGCUAAAGGGGUCUCCGCCGCCUCCACCCCUUCCUCCUCUAUUGAUACCAGUGCAGAAGUCGCCUUUGCCAGUCCACUUGCCUCCAGUAUUGUCACCGUCUGUGUCUGUGCACAUUGUCAAAUCCCCAGCCCCUUCGCCUAUUAUUUUACCCUCGCCCCACUCGUCACAACCCUCGCCAUGCAUCACGGAUGAUGAGCUGAUGGAUGAAGCACUUAUCGGUUUAGGAAAGUGAGUUUUUUUUAUUGUUCAAUUGUCAUCUUAAAAUUUUGUUUUAUGUGCAAAUCUUUUUGUCUGAUUAAAAACUUAUUAUCUAUAUCACAUAAAUUCCACUAUCUUUAAUCAUGCAAGCAGAGGCUCGGCAACCUUCUUUUUCUUUCUGAAAAACUUUGGGAUUUUAAUUUUACUUUUCUGGCGCACUUUGUUUACUGCUUCUGAGGUCUCUGAAAGAACCGUUUCGCUCAAAUAAGCAGAGUCGGUUGGAGAGACAUCUGGUUGAUCAUGGGGCUUAUCACUUGCAGCUUGGACAGGAAUAUUUCUAAAUUAAAAAAAAAAAACAUAUAUAUAUUAAUCAGCAAAUCAUUAGUCCAUGAAUUAUUACCUCAAUUUUAACUGGGUAGAGGGAGGCAUGUGGCCAGGUCGAACAGAAUCGUAGAGCUUAUCAAAAAAGUUUCCAAACAAUUUUGAUUUCUCAUAGUCCAAUCGGAAGUUAAAAUUCAGUUUGCUGGGCACAGAACAGGACCCGAAUGUCACUGGUAUCAUUUUCCUCAUAUUUGUUUCUGAAAAAAUGAUUUAAACAAUUUCAUUUCAUUGAAAAUCAAAACUUAUUUAGCUCACCUAUCCCAACUAACUGUGCAUACGACACAUGGAAAUUAUUCACUUUGUCAUUUUGAAAUAAGUGAUCAGAGAAAAUGACCACAAUCUUGUUACAUCUGUUUGCAAUAAGUUCAAGAACAGCGUCAAAUUCGAAUACGCCAGGAAUGAGGUC